UCUGAGUGUUUCCCUCACUCCUGGAGCAUGAACAAAGCUUUGGGCAAGAAAAGCAUUUCCUUUUUCCAGCAGGCAUCUUGUUUGAUUUUUAAAUCAGUGUGAACGAUGGGAGGUGCCGUGAGCGCAGGAGAGGACAAUGAUGAAUUAAUUGAUAACCUGAAAGAGGCUCAGUACAUCCGGACAGAGUUAGUGGAGCAGGCCUUCCGGGCUGUCGACAGAGCAGACUAUUAUCUUGAAGAGUUUAAGGACAAUGCUUAUAAAGACUUGGCUUGGAAACAUGGGAACAUUCAUCUCUCUGCUCCCUGCAUUUAUUCAGAAGUUAUGGAAGCUCUGGAUCUACAGCCUGGGCUUUCCUUCUUGAACCUGGGAAGUGGCACUGGCUACCUGAGUUCCAUGGUUGGACUCAUCUUGGGCCCUUUUGGUGUUAAUCAUGGCGUAGAGCUUCACUCCGACGUUAUAGAAUAUGCAAAGCAGAAACUGGACUUCUUCAUCAGAACAAGUGACAGCUUUGACAAGUUUGAGUUCUGCGAGCCCUCCUUCGUCACGGGCAACUGCUUAGAAAUCUCACCAGACUGCUCGCAAUAUGACCGUGUGUACUGCGGUGCUGGUGUCCAGAAGGAGCACGAAGAUUACAUGAAAAACUUGCUGAAAGUUGGUGGGAUUCUUGUCAUGCCAUUGGAGGAAAAGCUCACUAAGAUAACUCGAACUGGCCCUUCAGUCUGGGAGACGAAGAAGAUCUUGGCUGUUUCCUUUGCUCCUCUGAUCCAGCCCAACCAUGCAGAUUCAGGGAAGUUGAAACUUGUUCACUUGCCUCCCGUGAUGGUCCGCAGCCUUCAAGACCUUGCCCGCAUCGCCAUCCGUGGCACCAUUAAAAAGCUGAUACACCAGGAAACAGCCGGCAGGAAUGGAAAUGGCCUCAGGAACCCACCGAGGUUUAAGCGGAGGCGUGUCCGGCGCAGGCGCAUGGAAACCAUUGUCUUCUUGGACAAAGAGGUCUUUGCCAGUCGGAUCUCAAACCCCUCUGACGAUAAUAAUUGUGAGGAGUUGGAGGAGGAGGGCAGGGAAGAGGUGGAAAAAGCCGUCCCGGAACUGAAGCCUGAGCCUCCUAUAAACAUCCUGAGAGAGAAGGUCUUGAGCCUUCCUCUGCCUGACCCUCUGAAAUAUUACCUGCUUUAUUACAGAGAGAAAUAAGGUGGUUUUUGUCAGCAUAAAGCAGAGAGGUAGGCAGGACAUUAAAACACUCAGUAGGGCUUGACAAAUGUAUGCCACUUGCUUGCCUGUUAAUGUCACCACGCAUGGUGGUAAGCUGGCCGGGGGGGGACGUGGCUGCCGUGUACUUAAAAUGUGAUAGCAUUUUUCAGAUUCCUUCCCUUGGUUUGUGUGCUCCAGUUUUGUCCUACAGCUGAACUUCCUUGGUGGGGAGGGGGGAGGGGGGCAGGCUGGCAGCAACAACAUCAGCUGCUUACUGAAAUGAGGAUUUCAUUCAGUAGAAAAGAAAAAGGGGGGAACCACAACGUUGCCGAGACAUCUGUGGAUUUCUCAGCUGUGUUUUUUUUUGCCAAGUAGCUGUUUCAGAAAUUAUUUUGGGCACCUCCCAGAUGAGUGGCUUUACCCUAAAAAAGGAAAGCAGUAAGAUAGUAGGUUCUGACCCAGUCAACCUGGUCUCUUAAAAAAAGAAAUCCCACCAAAAAAGCACAAUAUUGGCAAAGGGUGUUGAAUUGGGAUUUGUGGCAUAUGUUGAAUGCCCAAUUAAGCUGCUUUUUUAUCAGCAGGGACUCAGUGUAGGAAAACGCUUUCGUUACAAGGGAGAGUAACACUCCCCAGGGAAUGAGAGUGGUCUCCAAAAAGAUUCAUCAGGAGAAUUCCCGUUUGAUACAUAAGUGGGGAAGACGCUGUGUGAGCUUCAAACAGAAACAGCCAAAAUGCACUGCUUUCUACGGCAGACGUCUUUUUCUCCCGCUGGUUUCGACUUGAUCACCUGCGAACUUUGCUUAGUUGAUCCACUUUGUGGUUACAUUCCCUGAAAGAGUAUUAGGUGAUUAGGAAGAAAAGUAAAGGGAGAGGAAAUGCAGAUACCGUUCCUCCUUCUUCGUGGUCUCUGUGCUUCACACACACAUGGGCUCUGCGCCUGCGUAGAGCAACUUCAGGAAAAACUUCUAUGGCUAGAGGCGUUCUAGGUGGAAGCCCCUCCCCCACCGUCAAUGGCACAUAUUCUAACGGCUCCCGCCUUCCUUCAACCGCCAUCGUGGUAGCAUCAUGAGGGAAACUUCUUGUUAUUAUUGAGAGUUUUGAGGCGUUCUUAAAGUUUUCAUUCUUGCUUGUUCUAUUUAUUUAUUUGUUGUAUUUCUAUCUUUAAAUUUUGCGUUUUUUGUUUGUUUCGCGAUCUUUGAUCACCCGUUGGGGCAUAUGGCCCUCCGGGCGCUGUUUAGAAAAUGCUCCGGUUGUGGCAGCAAAUGGCCACCAUCUGAUGGCCACAGGUUAUGUUUACUUUGCCCAGGAGACGGGCACGUAGUUCAGUCAUGUUCAUACUGUCAGGCAUUUUCAAGGCAAACGAGACAUCACUCCAACAGAUUAAAGGCCAUUUUGUGACAUAAGGUAGGGUGACCAUAUGACCGGUUUUGCCUGGACAAGUCCGGAAAACGGGAGGCAAAACCGGGUCCAGGGGGGAAAUCCCCUAUUUGAGAGGGAAAUCCGGAAAAAAACCAGA